AUGAGAUUGACGACUGACGGAAUAACCCAAGAAGUCAAAUUAACCUUUUCACGCACAACUCAUACUUUGGUCAUGCUGAAAUGUUCGUCUCUUGGCUGCAAGGCUGAGAAGAUCGUGAAAACGUUUAGGGACUGCGACGGACAGAAGAAUAUUAUAGUCGGCCAGUACCCAUUCCUGGCGAAUCUUUCAGGCUAUCCAGGCCAUCCAGCUGCGCGAUGGGAUAAAGUAUCGUGUGGACCCGAGGUAACUACCUCAUCCUCAUUACCACCAUCCAGUGUCCGUCCAGGUUCGACGGAUCAGCUCGAAACUGUGCUGCGUGGUGAAGUUACGUCAAGCUUCAACAAGAAAAAGACGACCGGUGGUGAACUCUUCCCACCCCACGCCACCCCCUCCCUUCUUUUCCGUCUUAUUGUUACAUUGCCAUCCCGGCGGAGAUUAUGUAACUGCACAGUAACCCGUAAGGAGAGUCCUACUACCGAAUUAGCUUUGAUACCCGGUAAUGAAGGUGGUGGUGGUGGUAAGCGCCAGCACCGGGACGACCGGGAGAUACGUGCGGACGUCAAACGUCCCGACUACACACAAACAGACCAAGUGAGUGACGAAAUCGAGUUCCUGCUAUUCAUCUCGAUAACGGAAAUCGAUCUUGUCACCUACUUGCAGACACCUCCCGGUAGAGUUUUCCAUCCCAUGGCAACUCACUCCCUCCAUCAUGCGUUACCUCGGGAUGAGAUGUUCCCGCUCCUCGACGACUGA